UCUCAAACACACACUCAAAGCUCUAUACUCCUUCCAAUCCAACUCCCUCGUCAUAAGGAGUCAUGGCAAGGUUGGUGGUGCAGCAUCAGAAUCAGCCUUCUUUCUCCCUUCUCCCCUCCUCUCUCUCUGACUUCAAUGGCAUCAGACUCACCAAUCACAUUCAGUGUAGGAGAAAGGUAUGCCAGCCAAAAGGGGCAUUACAUGUUACGGCAUCAGGUGAAAAGAAAAUCCUUAUGAUGGGAGGCACUCGAUUUAUCGGUGUGUUUCUGGCAAGGCUUCUUGUCAAAGAGGGUCAUCAGGUGACUCUGUUUACUAGAGGAAAAGCAGCCAUCACCCAACAAUUGCCAGGUGAAUCAGACAAGGAUUAUGCUGAAUUUUCUUCCAAGGUUUUGCAUUUGAAAGGAGACAGAAAGGACUUUGAAUUUGUGAAAACCAGUCUUGCAGCUGAAGGCUUUGAUGUUGUCUACGAUAUAAAUGGACGAGAGGCAGUUGAAAUAGAACCGAUAUUGGAUGCACUACCAAACCUACAACAGUACAUAUACUGCUCUUCAGCUGGUGUUUAUAAGAAAUCCGAUCUUCUACCACAUUGUGAGACCGAUGCAGUUGACCCAAAGAGCAGGCACAAGGGGAAGCUCGAGACAGAGAGCUUGCUGGAUUCAAGGGGUGUUAACUGGACUUCUAUAAGGCCUGUCUAUAUCUAUGGACCCUUGAAUUACAACCCUGUUGAAGAAUGGUUCUUCCACCGGUUGAAAGCAGGUCGCCCAAUUCCAAUCCCCAACUCAGGAAUUCAGAUAACCCAACUGGGUCAUGUUAAGGAUUUGGCAAAGGCUUUUCUCCUGGUUCUUAGUAAUGAGAAAGCCAGCAAGCAAGUCUUCAACAUUUCUGGUGAAAAAUACGUCACUUUUGAUGGAUUGGCAAGGGCAUGUGCAAAGGGUGCCGGGUUUCCUGAGCCUGAGAUUGUUCACUACAACCCCAAGGAGUUCGAUUUUGGCAAAAAGAAAGCAUUCCCAUUCCGUGACCAGCAUUUCUUUGCAUCAAUUGAGAAAGCGAAGAGCGUCCUUGGGUGGAAACCCGAAUUCGAUCUGGUGGAAGGCCUUGCAGAUUCAUACAACCUGGAUUUUGGCAGAGGGACGUUCAGGAAAGAGGCUGAUUUCUCUACAGAUGACAUAAUUCUUGGAAAGAGUCUAGUCCUUACUUAAAUCAUUCACCUGGUUUCUGUGUUUCUGCUCAAGUUCUUUAGGAAAUGAUCACAUUAUUGGUUGAGAUGUCAACAGAAAGACUUUGAGAUUUCAUUGAUGGUGUAAUUUGUAUCUAUAUUUGGAAAUGGGAAUCAGGAGAAAAUGAAUUCACACGAGAA